AUGGGUGAGGACAAAGCUGCUUGCACCCAGGAUUUGCAGGACAUUGCCGUCAGUAAGCAGACACAAGAUGAGGAUGAACAUGCACAUCCUCCUCCUCCUCCUGCGAGCCCACCACCUCAUGCGGAGCCUGGUGUUGCAAGGACUAAGCAGGCGAAGAAGAGGUUGCAAGAUGCAAUGGCAUCCGGGGACCUUGCAGAGCUGAAGGCAGCCAUUGCUGCGGCCAAGACAGUCGGUGUCUCGCUCGAGCAUCGGGAGAGAGCUCUCGAAGUCCAGGAGAAACUAUUAGAAGCCCAGGCUGACAUCCCAGGGUCCAUUCCCAGCCCAAGCUAUGGCAGUCUGAUUGACGCGUCUCGCCCAACGCCCAUCGGGGUCCAAAUAUGUCAAGCUUGCGAGAAGAUCUACGACCUCCUGCACGAGCCCGAGAGGUCCAACGGAGAUGAUGAGUUGGAAGACUUGUGCCGCACGGCCAGGCUGGAAACAGCAUCACCGGACCUGAAGAGCAGCAUCUUCGGCCUCAUGCGACCGGAGGAGAUCAAGAGCUUCUUGCAAGCGCCUGAUCACCAGUUCUGGCAGCAUAUCAAGCAGAACACAGAGGAGUUCAUCCAGCUGCUGGACGAUCCAGGGGCUGCUGUGCCCUAUUCAGUCGACGAGAUGACUCCAGAGGCAAAGAAUGCAAGGGUGCGAAGUGUUCGGCCAGUUGUGAUGGAUCAAUCCGUCAGGGAACCGGCCACAAACACGCCAUUCGGCCACACAGGCUACCAAAAGUUCCUGACCCUGCAAAUUGUCAAGCGCAUGGGCUUCAAGGACAUAGCGAUCAGUGGCCAGUACUAUGGGGCUUCCUACACUCCAGAAACACAAGUUCUCGAGUGGAUGCAGGUCAGAGGAGAACCGAUGGAUGGCAUGAUUGUCAUGUUCGCACCAGGCAAGGGUGAUCGAGAGGCUGGAAUCAAAGCCAUCAAGGACUUCGGCAUCCCCAAUGCCUUCCUCGACUUGACCAUGAAAGCCAGUGUGCGCUUCAAGCAGUCUGAUUUCGUAUCCUCAGUGUUGGAGACUGUGGACAUCUUGGAUGAAAUCUUCGCUGGCAUGGGCUUCGAGCCAAACCCUUGGCGCACUGAGGAGAAGGUCAAUUGCGACCCAGGCAAAGGGGAGAUCAGCUUGAACCUGGUAGAUCUGAUGGAGUUUCUCGACGUGAAACCUGACGGUUCCAUGGAUGACAAGAAAAAGUCACAAGCAGAGGAUGCUUUUCGCACGUGGAAGAAAUCAGACGCCUUUAGACGUCGAGUUGUGGGGAUUCUGACAGAAGAAGGGAGAGGCGUGGCCAACUACAAGGACUACGGUGCCCUGUCAAGGUGGCUGCGCGGGCACUUCCCACGAGAUGAGGAAUACCGAAUCUUAGUCCAUGCCCAUGGUGGUGAUGGCAACACCCAGGACGCUGCUAGCGUCGAGGCGGUGCUGGAAGGAGCCAAUGGGGUGUGGGCGGCAGUCAUUCCACAAGCUGCUCAGUCUGGGCACAACUCCAGCAUGGUCUUCCUUGACAACAUGGUACAGAUGGGCAACGGGCAUGUUUUGGAAGACUUCUGGCUCCAUCAGGGUGCGCAAUGUGCCCGUCACAUCUACUACCUGAACUUCAACAGCUAUACCAUCCCGGACGAUUGUCCCAUCUGGGGAGCUAGAGUUGAUCAGCUGUUGCACACCGCUUUCAGCACGGUUUCAGGAGAGGAGUGGCGGCAGAGACGAGGCAAAUAUUAUGAUAUUUGGGGAGGUGAUGCAAGAGCGCAGAUGGAUCGAAUGACCAAAGCCACAGAGCUGCAACACGAAGUGGCGAUGUGCCGGAGCCUAUCCCGCGGAGGAAACUACCGGAUCUCUCCACUCGUGUCCGAUGUCGAGACAUGGCGGAAGCGCAUUGUUGAGCUCGGAGCAGCCGUGGUGGGACCUCGGGGACGAGCAGGAGAUCACGUGAAAGAAGUUCGAGACCUUGGUUUCGCCCUGAUGAACGCGGGUAUUCGAGCAAACAUGAACGAGCAAGCCACCCUGAAGCAGCUCUGGAACAUCGCAACGCGCAACAAGACAGAGAACAUCAGGUGUGACCAGGUUGCCGGAUACUUGAAAGCUCAACAGCACCAAGGAGAGAAGGAGUGA